UUCUUCAGAUGUCCCGCCACCGUGCUAUUCGAAAUUUAAAUUUAGAAGAUGAAAUGGACGACGAUUAUGACGACGAUUACGACGAUUAUGAAGAUGAGGAGAACCCGGAAAAGCAAUAUACAUAUGAUCGUAAUUCAUUAUCCACAAACUACUAUACAUAUCUGACAGAUAGUGGUCGCAAUUCACCAGCUCUUCCUGCUCCACAUCCUGGUAUUCCAUCAUCAUCGUAUCAUCCACCUGUAUCAACUCCAACACCUACUGCAGCUCCAACAACUUCCCUAUCUUCUACUAUUGUACGAAAUAUGACAGCUCCAUUGCUCCAUCAAAAUCAAAAACCACCGAAGAAUCUUAAUAGUCGACCGAGUACACCACAAACGUCUAGCAAUUUGAAUACUCCAAAAAGAACGCCGCAAGUUAAAAAUCUUCAAGCAGAAUCAACAACUCCAACUGUGAGCCGCCCAUCUUCUGAAGUCGAUUUAACAUCAUUUCGACGCAAUCAACUGCAGAACAUCGCGAAAGCUCCGUCAGUUGCCCGAAAAACACCAAAACCAAGAGUUGCUGAUAAAGAUUUAAUUAACUUGAUUGUCGUUGGACAUGUCGAUGCAGGAAAAAGUACUCUCAUGGGUCAUUUACUUCAUGAUCUUGAAGUGGUAGAUAGCCGUACAAUCGACAAAUUCAAACAUGAAGCGGCUAGAAAUGGCAAAGCUUCUUUCGCGUAUGCCUGGGUACUUGAUGAAACGGAAGAGGAACGUGAGCGCGGAGUUACCAUGGACAUUGGAAGAACAAGCUUCGAAACUUCACAUCGACGAAUCGUGCUUCUCGAUGCUCCAGGACAUAAAGAUUUUAUUUCAAAUAUGAUCACAGGAACGUCACAAGCUGAUGCAGCCAUCCUUGUUGUGAAUGCGACCACCGGAGAAUUUGAAACAGGAUUUGAAAACGGAGGACAGACGAAAGAACAUGCCUUACUGCUCAGAAGUUUAGGAGUAACACAACUUAUUGUGGCUGUGAAUAAACUGGAUACGGUAGAUUGGUCCCAAGAUCGAUUCGAUGAAAUCAAAAAUAAUCUCUCCGUGUUUUUAACUCGUCAGGCUGGCUUUUCUAAACCAAAGUUCGUUCCAGUUUCUGGUUUUACUGGAGAGAAUUUAAUAAAACGAAUGGAAUUAGAUUGGUACGAUGGUCCAUGUUUAUUAGAGUUAAUUGACAGUUUCGUAGCACCGCAACCACCUUCUGAUGGACCACUACGAAUUGGAAUCAGUGAUGUUUUGAAGGUUGCAUCGAAUCAACUUGUCGUUAGUGGUAAAAUUGAGUCAGGAGAAGUGGAAAAAGAUGAUAAAGUAUAUAUAAUGUCAAGUGUUACUGCAGCUACUGUGAAAGAAUGCGCAAAUAAUGACGGUUCAAGGCACUGCUUUGCUGGAGAUUAUAUUCUAUUGACUCUUCAAGGCACAUUUGAACCUGAAUCCAUUCAAACAGGCUCUGUUGUUGUACGUGCUGGUCCAGAUACUCUGAUUCCAUCGAAAAAGUUUGAAGUUCGAUUGGUUGCCUUUGAAAUUGCUAUGCCUAUUAUCAAGGGUGCCAAAGCCGAGUUAUAUGCACAUUCUUUGUGUGUUCCAUGUACUUUCACCAAUCUUCUGUAUACAAUCAACAAAUCAAAUGGAGAAAUAUUAAAAAAAGGACCGAGAUUUAUUGCUAAAGGAGCGUCGGCAGUUGUUGAAAUCGAAACUGAAUAUGAUAUCGCAAUUGAAACAUUCACAAGUUGCCGAGCUCUUGGACGAGUCACUUUUCGAGCUGGUGGAAACACAAUUGCAGCUGGAAUUGUCGAGAAAGUGAUCACUCCACAAUAAAUAUAUGUUUAUUGCUUUCCAGUCACAAAUAGUUUGCUCUUUUUAUUUCUAUUUCUCAUUAGUUAAUAUCAAUUCUAUUCCUUUGUGAUUCCACUGUUUUUUUUUCAUUUGAUGUACCAAUUUCUAUGGCCUUUCUUUUUAAGUAUGUGCUAAUAAAUUUAAUGUUCAACU